GCUUUUUAGCAUUCAAUGCUCUCUAUACUGUUUACCUUCAUGACAAUCUUUCUGCGUACCAAAUUAAGUUGUUCAACAUCAAUGUCGUACUGGUCGAUGGCCUUCCUUCUGCUUUAACAUGCUAUAUAUAUAUAUAUAAUCACUUCUACAUCUUCUCCAUAACUUACCAUCAAAAUCUGGGUUAAGGUUCUUGGCUUGAAGCGAAACGAGUUUGGCGACAGAAGAAAAGAAAACAAGAAGAAGGUUGAAAUGGAAGCCACGAACGUGACGAGGGUUAGAGAAGAAGUGCGUGUUGAAGACGAUAGCACUGAAACUGAACUCAACAAAAUCCGUCUCUUGAGGGCAAUGGUCGAAGCACGAGAUCCCACUGCUAAGGAAGAAGAUGAUUUUACGAUUAGAAGAUUCCUACGUGCUCGUGAUUUAGAUUUGGAGAAGGCUUCUACAAUGUUCCUCAAGUACUUGAAAUGGAGACAUUCCUUUGUUCCAAAUGGUUCUGUAUCCGUAUCAGAAGUUCGCAAUGAACUUGCUCAAGAGAAGGUGUUCGUGCAAGGACAUGACAAGAUAGGUCGACCUAUAGCUGUUGUAAUCGGUAGAAAACAUUUUCAGAACAAAGAUGGUGGAGAUGAAUUCAAACGGUUUGUCGUCUACGUGUUUGACAAAAUAUGUGCAAGUAUUCCACCUGGUCAAGAAAAGUUUGCUGGUAUAGCUGAACUUAAGGGAUGGGGAUACUCAAACAGUGACGUUCGUGGAUAUCUUGGUGCUCUAUCAGUUUUGCAGGAUUACUACCCGGAAAGAUUGGGGAAGUUGUUUAUUGUCAAUGCACCAUACAUAUUUAUGAAAGUGUGGCAAAUUAUUUACCCUUUCAUUGACAACAAAACCAAGAAGAAGAUUGUAUUUGUGGAUAAAAAUAAGGUGAAAUCAACACUGCUAGAAGACAUUGAUGAAAGUAAUAUACCAGAGAUAUUCGGUGGGCCACUGCCAUUAGUCCGACUUCAGGAUAUCUAAUUAAAGUAACUGCUAACAAAUAAGGACAGACCAUACUAGAAAAAAUAAACUUUAUUCUUUCUAAUUUAUGUAUUUGUAUGCUAUUUUCUGUACCCCAAAUAAAGUACAUUAUAGAAGACUGGCACAAUAUAGACUGGCCAUUGUUGUCUCAACAGAUUUAAUUUGGUGCUA